CAAAAACCCUUCCGUACCAACGCAUCUCAUGCUGCCACUGGGAGAUGAUAGUGAGAGGGUGUAUACACUCUACAUGUCCUUCAAACUCACCUCCACAAUGCCAAAAUGCAACCAACAAACCCUCCUCUCUUCACAAAUUCCCCUGAACCCAAAACCCACUUGUCCAUUUUCCAUCCCUCAAUUUAACGCCACCUAAAAGCAGCUCAUCAAUACCCAUUGAAGCUUAUUUAUGAUACAGCAAAUUAAAAGCCACCCUAGAGAAGAUCAAGAUCCAUCUCACCCUCCUUCCAAAUUCUCAUCAGCUUUUGCGGCAACACCACAAACCUAAAUACAAAUCCGACACAACAAGAGCGUCUCAAGAACCAUGAUGUCUGCUUAUGGUGUAACAUUUUCUCUCAUAUUGCUCCUCUUUUUAGCCAAUAUGGUCAAAUACAAUGAGGCAAGAGUAGCCCAAGCAAAUGGGACGGAGGCUGAGAUGGUGCCUUUGAUGGAGGAAGGGAAGAUGAAGAAGAUGAUGAUGGUGAUGAAUGAGAGCAGGAGGAGGCUGGGAAGCUUCCAGAUAUGUGCACUGUGCACUUGCUGUGGUGGGGCCAAAGGCCUCUGCUUGCCAUCUCCUUGUUGCUAUGCCAUCAAUUGCAACAUUCCCAAUAGGCCUUUUGGCUUCUGUUCUUUCACUCCCAAGACCUGUAAUUGCUUUGGAUGCCAUCUCUGACUCUCUCUCUCUCUCUCUCUCUAUAAUUUAAAAUUUACAUUUGUUUAAAUUACGGGUCAAGUUGAUGCUGUUGGGAAGAAUAUCUGUUCUUCAUUUGUUUGUCUAUAAUUUUUUAGUACUGGGGUUUGGCUAUAUCCAGGUUAGAUUCUUGCUAGUUCUAGUGGGAUUUGUCAAUCUUUUGUCAGGAAGCAGCAAUGCCUGAAGAUAGCACUCUGCAUUUUUAGUAUUUGAGGAAACAUUAGCGGAGCUAUUGGGGUUUAUGGUCAUUUUUGUUAUUUAUUAAAGAAUAUAUUAAUGUAAGUGCUCAGUAGGGCUGGUUUAAGACAAGAUGUAAGUUUUGUCCGUUAUUUUAUAGUACUUUGUACUGCUUUGUUAUUAUACUAGUGGGUGUAAUACAUAGUGCAACAUGCAGGGCAAUUUUUAAAUCAAAUAUGCUUAGUGUUAGUUCCACCAAUGUUUUGCUUCUUCCACU